AUGGCCGACGUAAAGAGGAUCAUCAGGAUGAGGGACGAUAAGCAAGCUAUGGCUGCUCUGGUACAAAAAGGAUCGCUCGGAGACGAGACCGUGGCCAGAUUUGCCCUGGCGGAAAAGGAAUUGGAAGCGGAAUUGUUGGAUGUGAUCAGCGAGGCGAACACGUUCAGGGAAGGAUGGGGUCAGCUCAUCUUCCCUACCGCUGGCGAAAUGGUCGCACAUCUGAAACACAAGGAGGUCUACUAUGGCGUUGCAACUCAACGAGAUGAUGAGAGUGAGUGUGGGUCUUGCGUACUUUCGCAACGUACGGCGGGACUUGGCUUGUACGGAAAACCCUAGUGGAGUGAGCCACGAAGCUCCGCCUCUGACCAAUGUUCGCUGCUGCCUUGGCUCACGCAUUCGUUCAUAUGCCUCUUCUCAUACAGAGCUCAAGCUGCAAGAAGCGGGCAAGCCCGUCCCCCAAUCCCGAGUCCCAUUGCCCCCCCUAGUCACGCCUCCAGGUACACAGAUCCAAGUCCAAAUGCCAGCCCAGCCAGGUCCGGCAAAUGGGCACGCUGCACCAGCCAAUGCGGAGCAAGCUGAAAUCGCAGCAGCUGCUCAGGCAGCCGGCUUACCGCCUGGAUUCCUGCAAGCUGCGCAACAAGCUGCAGCGAUGAAGCAACAACAGCAACAAAAGUUGCAGCAAGCUGGUCAAGCGGGAAAGAAGCAGGUGACUGUGGAAGAGGAGGUGGGUGCUUGAGCGUGCGCAUGCACAUAGCCCAGAUCGUCGUUCCUCAUGCCAAUCUGACCGGAGUUCUCUUUUGCGUCAACAGGAAGAGUGA